ACGUGUUCUAAAAUCUAAGGUUCAUUGUUCCCAUGGCAAGAUUGAUCAACAUGUUGAGAUGAUUAAGUGUGAAAAAUUAUACAAUCUGAUAAUCAGACUAUUAGUGGUAUUAUUCAUAUGCUCAUAUCCGAAAGAAAAAGGGAAUCUGAUAAAGAAAAUUAUAUGAGUAAUAUUCUACACGCAAUGUACAUGUUCAGUCUUUGUCCUUUUCACAAUCACUGGAUAGGAUGGAUUCAGAUUUCAUUGUCAUAGAAUUUUCCACUCCAAUGUCGUCAUGCUUCAAUUGAAGCUCUUUCUUUGAACUGGAUGACAUUUCAAGUUUAUUUUAUCUCAGAAACUUAAAAGAACAAAAAUAUUAAACAAAAGGAAGAUGGAAAAUCUUGAGAAGGAUAUCAAAGCAGACGAAUUGUGAAGUGACCCUUCAUAGCACCAUUUUCAACCCACUGCAACUUUUUGCAUUUGCAUACCAAUUAAAAAAAGAAACAAAAACAAAGGGGGAGUCUUUGCAAAAAGUCCCACCACUCAUCCUCCAUGCUGUUCAUCAUCUUUCUCUUACAAAGUGAACAAUAAAAUAUAAGUGGGGAGUCUUUUUAGCUAACAAGAAGACAUGGGUAAGAUCCAAAGCUGCAUGUAUGUUGUGUGUUUGCUGUGUUCUGCGACUCUUAACAUACUUUUUGUGGGGAGAUAUGUGUAUGUGAGUGGGAAGUGGGAGGUGGGUUGGAGCAGAAGGGCAGCAGAAGAAGCAGAAGCAGUGGCAGCAGUGUCAUGCUCAGGCCAUGGAAGAGCAUACUUGGAUGGUUUGGUUGUUGAUGGAAGCCCUGUUUGUGAGUGCAACACCUGCUUUGGAGGCCCUGAUUGCUCCCAAUUUUCAGCUUCUUGUGUUGCAGAUGUUGACAGCGGCGAUCCACUGUUCUUGGAGCCCUUUUGGAUGCAGCAUGCAGCAAGCAGUGCGCUAUUAGUAGCAGGUUGGCAUCGAAUGAGCUAUUCAUUCCAUGACCAUUCCUUAAUCUCAAAAGAACUAGAGGAGCUCAUCCGCAAGCUACAUGCUAUUGUUGGAAAUGCUAACACAACAGGCAGAUUCAUUGUUUUUGGGGCCGGCUCUAUCCAGCUCCUCAAUGCUGCAGUUCAUGCCCUCUCACCCCAUGAUUCAUCUGCUCCAGCUAAAGUUGUUGCCACAAUCCCCUUUUACCCGGUUUAUAAAUCACAAACAGACUUCUUUCGAUCAGUGGACUUCCAGUUUGUAGGUGACACAUCCUUGUGGAAGAACACUUCAGAUACCACUUCCAAUCUCAUCGAGUUUGUGACUGCACCCAAUAAUCCUGAUGGAAAGUUGAAUAAGGCAGUUCUUCAAGGCCCUUCUGCUAAACCGAUUUAUGAUCAUGCCUACUAUUGGCCGCAUUUCACACCAAUUCCAGCUCCUGCAGAUGAAGACCUCAUGAUUUUUACCAUUUCUAAGCUUACUGGUCAUGCUGGGAGUAGAUUCGGGUGGGCAUUGAUAAAGGAUAAGGAUGUGUACGAGAAAAUGUCAAAUUAUAUGAGUUUGAACGUUGAUGGUGUUUCCCGGGACACUCAGUUAAGAGCUUUGAAGCUUUUAAAAGUAGUGACUCGAGGGAGAGGAAGAGAAAUAUUCGAAUUCGGUUACAAAACAAUGAAAGACCGGUGGGAAAAAUUGAACAGGGCCUUGCUGAUGUCCAGACGUUUCUCUGUCCAGGAAAGUUCACCGCAAUACUGCACUUUUUCUGGCAAAGUUAAGAUACCUUCUCCAGCUUAUGCAUGGCUGAAGUGCGAGAAAGAAGAAGAUAAAGAGUGUUACAGAGUCCUGAAAAAGGCUGGCAUCAUGGGGCGUAAUGGUACUUUGUUUAGUGCUAAUAGUAGCUAUGUUCGGCUCAGCCUCAUCAAGACCCAAGAUGACUAUGAUAUAUUGCUGCACCGAAUCAAUAAGUUAGUUGGUGAGGAAAAUGGCGGUAAAAGUAGCAUGCGAAGAAUGAAUCAACCGUCAGUUGAUUUCAGCUGGUUGAUCACAUAUUUCGGGCAUCAGUUGGAGUAUGUGUGACGUAUUAUCAUCUUAAGUGGUCAUGCCCCUGGAUGACCACCCAAAUUCUAGAGCUAAUUAACAUAUAAGUAUUUCCUUCCUUGUUGGUAGAAUGUUCCUAUAUUGUUAGUUCUACCUUUGAAUAUGAUGUGUGUACAUAUAUGUACUUCAACAAAUUGAAAGUUGUAAGUAGAUUGAGACAGGUUACCUCUGGAUUUUCUUUGCACUAAGAAGGCAUUACAGGUGUAAGGGAGCGUAACGUCAAUAUAUUGAAAUUUGAGGAUGCUA